CAUGCUUGCUGUUGUGGACGUGGCAGUGACGUCACAUGCCGGAAGGCGUCAGCACGGAAACGGCGAAACCCUACUGAAAGUGUCGGCGAAUCCGGCGAGUGUGAAAACCUACAGAUUCCCGAAUUAACAGAAACUAAACGUAUCCGGCUCGUUUGAGAUGAGGCACUGGAUCAUUCAGGAGCGUUCACCUCCAACAAGCGUCCAGUGACCCCAUUGCCUGUUCAGUGCUCUCAAAUCCAUCGCCAUAAACCACCGUGUUUAAUUAGGACUUUUCCCUCUACUCCUUAUUGUGAUUUCCAGCAUCAUGACUUGCAGAGAUCGCACUCUGGAGUUCCAGUCUGCCUGCAAAUCUCUGCAGGGGAGACAGUUACAGAAUGGUACAUUGGCAAAACCGAACCACAAUGCUCUUAAACAGCGGAGUGACUUCACACUCAUGGCAAAGAGGAUUGGAAAAGACUUGAGUAACACUUUUGCUAAACUGGAAAAGCUCACAAUCUUGGCCAAAAGGAAAUCUUUGUUUGACGACAAGGCUGUGGAGAUCGAAGAGUUGACCUACAUCAUAAAACAGGACCUCAACAGUUUAAAUAAACAGAUAGCACAGCUGCAGGACCUGGUUCGCUCCCGAAGUGGACAAAAUAGACGCCACAUUCAGACACAUUCCAACACAAUUGUUGUCUCUCUCCAGUCAAAGUUGGCAUCGAUGUCAAACGAUUUCAAGUCUGUGUUGGAAGUGAGAACAGAGAAUCUGAAACAGCAGCGCAGCAGAAGAGAACAGUUCUCCCAGGCGCCGGUGUCCUCCUCACCUCUUCUUGCCAACAACUUCAGUAGCUCGGUAUUGAUGCAGGAUGAAUCUAGAAGCCUUGGCAGCGAUGUGGUCAUUGACAUGGAUUCAAGAGCCAAUCCUCUCCAACUGCAGCUUAUUGAUGAACAGGACUCAUACAUCCAAAGUCGAGCAGACACCAUGCAGAACAUUGAGAGCACAAUUGUGGAGCUGGGCUCCAUCUUCCAACAGCUGGCGCAUAUGGUGAAAGAGCAGGAGGAGACUGUACAGAGGAUUGAUUCCAACGUGGAGGACACUCAGCUGAACGUGGAAAUGGCCCACACUGAGAUCCUCAAAUACUUUCAGUCUGUCUCCUCCAACCGCUGGCUCAUGAUUAAGAUAUUCCUUGUACUGGUGGUCUUCUUCAUCAUAUUUGUGGUCUUCCUUGCCUGAGAGGAAAGCACCUUUAGAAAUGAUGAGAUUGAGACGUGGACGGCAUGAAGCAGCCAUGGACUCUUAUUGGGCGAUGUGCAAAAACAAAUAAAGUAGACUGGACUACAUUAACUUUG